UCGAGAGAUUUUCGUCUUGAUGUGUCGCUGUCAGGCUGAGCAAGCAAUCACAACCGCGUGCACCGCGUAUCGCAUCGGAAUCAUUCUGAUGUUCUGUGACCCAGCUGGCGCGGAUCCUGGCCUCACAACUGCUCAAGAGAUCUUAGCGUCCAUUGUAUUCCUGAGAUUGAUUUUUUCAGCUUGAAAGCAGCUGAGGUGAUAGCUUAUAUAGGACCAUUCACAUAAACUUCCGCUGUGCCGUCACUGGUCAGCCUUGAUACAUUGAGGACGACAAAAGCGGUCACUACGGCGCCUUCGCUCGUAUUUCUUCCAAGUCUAUCGACAACACUCUAUCUCAAAACGGACAUUACCAUAUUACAGUAUGGUCGACAGUGCUGCGUCCUGGGUCGGCAUCUACGCAGGAGGCCUUGCUACCAUGGCAGCGGUUCACCAUGGCUACAACUUGAUCAACGACCGGUGGGCCGCCAAAUCAGUUGCUCAGCAAGGCAGAGCUGUCCUUCAAGCGAUCAAUGAGCUGCGAACAGGGAUUAAACCUCAAGAAGCUGAGUUGAUCCUCGCUAAGAGACCUACUUUUUUCACAGAAUGGGAUCGUUUUGUGAAUCGGAUGUCAAACGUCAUAAAUGCUCUUGAUAUAGAGGCUGAGUCGUCCGGACAGUGGCAACGAAAGGGUCCUGCCAUACAAUAUAUCGGUAGUGACCUCAAGGUGCGUCUGUACAAGGCGAAGCAGUCGCUUCAAGCCUUCCGCGCAGACAUUUUGAAAACCACAAACGCUGUGCGAGACGUCUCCGUUGUUUCAGAGGUAGAUAUUCCACAGUGGGAUACUGCGAGCAAGCUGGAAGCGGGAUACAUUCGAUCGGAACGUGAGGUCAGACUUCAACUAGCCUCCUUGCUAUCAAAGCUACCAGACUUGGCUCCUACAUUGCCGCCUAUGGCCUCUGAGCCUCCUAUGCAGAUUCCGCCCGAAUUUUUGGAGGGUGACAGUGCCUAAGCCUCAUCCACCAGGCCUGCAUCUUCUACCACCACGCAGAUGGCAAGUGCCAAUGGGCCUCGACUCUUCAUAGGCUAUCAGACCUUACGGUUACUAGGAUUUCACGGAUUAUUCGCUCCGAUACAUUUCUAGUCGUGAAUCGGAGAUAAGAUGGUAGACAAGUACAUUUAGCGCUUCU